AGCCCAGAGGAGCUGGCCCUCAGAACUUACAGCAGUAGGACUCUGCAGCCACAGUCUGUCUUCACAGGCCCCAGCUGCACGGUACAUCUAGGCAAGCUGCUGGCUGUGGGUGGGGCCCCCCCCUGGUACCUCUGACAAGAUCACCUCACCACCACUUGUUCUGAGAUGCUCUGCCAACCAGCCAUGCUGCUAGGUGGCCUCCUCCUGCUGGCUACCAUGGCUGCAGCCCAGCAGAGAGGGCCAGCAGGCAGUGGGCGCCGCCAGAUUCAACUGGUCCAGCAUGGCCAGUGCAGCUACACCUUCGUGCUGCCGGAGCCUGAUAUCUGCCAGCUGCCCCAAAAGGCUCCUGAUGCUUUUGGGGGCUCCAACAGCCUCCAGAGGGACUUGCCUGCCUCCAGGCUGCCCCUGGCAGACUUUCGAGCCCAGCGGGCCCAGCGUGUGAGGCAGCUGGAGAAGAUACUAGAGAAUAACACUCAGUGGCUGCUGAAGCUGGAGCAGUCCAUCCAGAGGAACCUGAGGUCAAACCUGGCACAGGCCGGGCAGCACCCGGUUCAGAACCAGACAACCACCAUGCUGUCACUGGGUGCCAACCUCAUGAACCAGACCACGGCUCAGACCCACAAGCUGACUGCUGUGGAGGCACAGGUCCUAAACCAGACAUCACGCAUGAAGCUCCAAAUGCUGGAGAACUCACUGUCCACCAACAAGCUGGAGAGACAGGUGCUGAUGCAGAGUCAUGAGCUACAGCGGCUACAGAGUCGCAACAGGGCACUGGAGAGCAGGCUGCAGACUUUGGAAGCACAGCACCAGGCCCAGAUGAACAGCCUCCAAGACAAGAGGGAGCAACUGCAGAGCCUCCUAGGCCACCAGACCGGGGCUCUGGCUAACCUGAAGCACAAUCUGCAGGCCCUGGUCAGCAAUUCCAGCUCCCUGCAGCAGCAGCAGCAACAGCUGAUGGAGUUAGUACAGCGUCUGGUUCAAAUUGUAGCCCAGGACCAGCGCCCUGUGUCCCUAAAGAUCCCCAAGCAGCUGUUCCAGGACUGUGCAGAGAUCAAGCGCUCCGGGGCCAACGCCAGUGGCAUCUACACCAUCCGUGUGGCCAACAUGACAAGGCCUCUCAAGGUGUUCUGUGACAUGGAGACUGAUGGAGGUGGCUGGACUCUCAUCCAGCGCAGGCAGGAUGGAAGCGUGAAUUUCCAGAGGACCUGGGAGGAAUACAAAGAGGGUUUUGGUAUUGUGGCUGGAGAGCACUGGCUGGGCAAUGAGGCUGUGCACCACCUCACCAGCAGGACAGCCCAUUUGCUGCGUGUGGAGCUGCAUGACUGGGAAGGCCACCAGACCUCCAUCCAGUAUGAGCAUUUCCAGCUGGGCAAUGAAAGGCAGCGGUACAGCCUCUUGGUGAAUGCAAGCAGCAGCUCAACAGGACUCAAGAACAGCCUGACUCCACAGGGCACCAAGUUCAGCACCAGCGACAUGGACAAUGACAACUGCAUGUGCAAAUGUGCCCAGAUGAUGUCUGGAGGGUGGUGGUUUGAUGCCUGUGGCCUCUCCAACCUCAAUGGCAUCUACUAUCCAGUUCAUCAACACUUGCACAAGAUCAAUGGCAUUCGCUGGCACUACUUCCGGGGCGCCAGCUACUCGCUGCAGGGCACGCGUAUGAUGCUGCGGCCAAUGGGUGCUUGACACACAGCCCUACAGAGACGGAUGCCAGAGGAGGACUCUAAACCUGGAUGGCUCCGUGAGAGCUGGGCCCCCCCAAGAAAUCAGUGCCCAGGGCUCAUCCUUGUCAUUCGAGGACACCAGGGCCAGCUGACCUUGUCACCUGCCUCUCUGUGCCACUCCAUUGUGAACUGCUGGGUGCUUGUGGCACUGCCUCUGUGGUACCUAUCUCCUCUUCCUCCUGCCACCUGCAGGGACUCCCCACAAUGACCUGAGGCAGACUAAACUUGACACCUCAAGAGGUUGGGGUUGCAGCAGGUAGGAGAAGCUUCCAGACUGGGGGUGCCCUCCUCCAGAGAAGGCUGAGAAUCUAUUUCCCCUCUCCAAUUCCAAGGUUCCCCAGCCUUGAGAGGACUGUAGACUCUUUCCAAGGCCUGGCCCUCUCAGAAGCUUCUAGAGGUAUGAGGGGUCUUUUUACGCCAGUGUGCCCUAGAGUGUGUUCCAUGGGUAAUAACCAGGGUUCCUCUCUAAACUACCUAGGACAAAGUGAGAGAAGAUCAGCAGGUCAAAUAAAAAGAACAGGCUUUCUUAACUGCA